CACGCGAAAAAUUUCGUUGAAAACCGAGAAUUUUCGCUCAGGGAGUGCACGAAAUUUUUUAAUCUCAAAUUUUAGGCAUUUAUUUGGCGAAGAAAGAGUCAAACUCAAAAUGAACAGCAUCGUCAAGGCAGCGACGCGUUUCUCCUCCAUGAAAAACGCCCUGAACCCUUUGCGGCAGGUCGUUCUUUCGGGUCAAAAUGCGAGUUUGAUGAACGCCGCCGGCACCUCUAGGCAAAUCACACGCUCCCUCUGGCACAUGUGCUCGACGAACAAUACAGAAAUUUCCAAGUUCAAAAGUCCCAGCUUCACCUGUACCUGCGGCUGCAGCAGCAAAGCUGUUCACACCAAGGCUGAAAAAGACCUCGUGGACUUUUUGACGGAAGAGAUUGCCACAGAGAAAAAGACUCAAAAGAAGCAUGGUGCUGUUCCAAAAGAACUGGGUGGAUUCAAAAUUGAUGCCCAGUGCUCAGAAGUAACAUUCUUCAAAGAAUCAGGAGAUGAAACCAUCAAAGUUUACUUCAAUGUGAACCACAGUGUUGAUGCCGACCACGAUGCCGAUCGUGAUGCUUCACAUGCCCAUGAGAACAAGGAUGAACACGCAGACAUGGGAGAAAUGCGGUCACAGCCUAGUUUUGAAGUUGAGCUGAUCAGGGGAGAAACCAUUUUGGGCUUCUCUUGCUCUUACCUGUCUGCAGAUCAGCAAAACCCUGAAGAUGAAUAUCAGGAUGUAUUCAGCAUUGAUGAAGUGACCAUGUAUGAAGGAGAGUGGAAGGAAAAGACGUACGCAGUCAGUGGCGAAAUUUUGGAUGGGAACUUGUAUGAUCUGCUGAUGAAUCUGUUGGAAGAGAAAGGUAUCUCCAAUGAAUUUGUCCUCGAUUUGUCGGACUUUGCCACCAGAUAUGAGCACAGCCAGUAUGUGGGCCUGCUGGAGAAACUUCAAAAGUUUGCAGCCAUGAAAUAGAAUGUUUUAGAUUAUGUAUCAGAAUUAUAGAAUUAUUACUAGAUUUAUUCCAAAUAAAAUUAAGUGCGAUUAUAGUUA